CGGAUAUAUAAACGGUCCAUUAGCCCAGGCUUGUUACAAUCAGAAGUCGUCGAAACGAAGACGAACCUCAAGUCAAGAUGAACCACGCUUUGAUCUUUGCCUUUUGUUGCCUGUGGGCGUACACGUUUGCCGCCCCCGCGGAGUACACCAGCCCGGUGCCCAUACUCGCGUACACGGCCGACGGUCCGAACCCCGAUGGAUCUUACGUAUACAGUUACGAGACCGGCGACGGGAUCAAAGCUGAGCAGCACGGGCAAGUGAAGCAAUUGAACGCGACGAAUUCCGUGGUGGUUGUUGAGGGUUCGUACAGCUACUCGGACGCGGACGGAGCGCCCGUCGGGCUCAGCUACAUCGCCGACGAGAACGGAUUUCAACCCAAGGGUGAUCACCUCCCCACUCCGCACCCGAUUCCCGAGGGGAUCUUGAAAGCUUUGGAGUACAUCGCUGCUCAUCCCGAGCAGGACAAUCAACGCCGAUAAGUGUGUCGUCUCCGAGGAAACUCGAUAAGGAAGUGAAACUGGAACUGAUCGUGACAACGUGUACACAAUUUUCUUAUCAAAAUUAUAACGUUAACAGUGAAUAUUUCUAAUCGAAUCGCCAUUCAAAUGGCGAAGACAUUCUUGUAUUAUACUGAUGAUGCAUCGACGGUUUUUAUAAGCAAAUCGAUCGUAUAUUAUUGAUCGACAAAAUUGUUUUGCCACGUUUGUACAAAUAUUUCUUUGGUUAAGAUAAAACAUGGAUUAAUUCUUAGAAAAUGUGUUUGUAUCUCAGCCAGUUCCUGCCUUC